CUCGAGUGGGUGACAGAGCCACCGUCUCCGCGGGUCUUCGCCGCCCCACGCCGUGACCUAGCCUGGCACUGAGCCACGAGUGAAGGCUGUGCUCCUCCAGUUCUGCCUUCACAGUUCUCUGCCUUUUCCCAAAAACUGCAGAAAAUGAACAAGUACCAGGGGUCAGUUUCAUUCACCGAUGUGACUGUGGACUUCACCCAGGAGGAAUGGGAGCAACUGGACCCCUCUCAGAGGAUCCUAUACAUGGAUGUGAUGCUGGAGAAUUAUAGCAACUUACUUUCAGUGGAAGUGUGGAAGGCUGAUGAUCAGAUGGAGAGGGAUCACAGAAACCCAGAUGAGCAGGAGAGGCAAUGUAUGAUCCUUAAGAACCAAACCUCAAUUGACGAAAGAGGUAAUGUCUUUGGAAAAACAUUUACUAUGAACACAGACUUUGUUUCUUUAAGACAAAUAUCCUACAAAUAUGACUUAUAUGAAAAAACUUUGAAAUAUAAUUCAGACUUACUUAAUAGUAAUAGAGGCUAUGCAAGAAAGAAAGCUGAUGAAUUCAAUGGAUUUGGAAAAGCACUUCUAUACUUGAAGCAAGAGAAAACCCAUCCUGGAGUAGAAUAUUCUGAAUAUAAUAAAAGUGGAAAAGCCCUUAGUCAUAAAGAAGCCAUUUUUAAACAUCAGAAAAUUAAAAAUUUGGUUCAACCUUUCAUUUGUAAUUACUGUGACAAGGCCUUCUCCUUUAAGUCACUCCUCAUUAGUCAUAAGAGAAUACAUACUGGAGAAAAACCCUAUGAAUGUAAUGUAUGUAAGAAAACCUUUUCCCAUAAGGCAAACCUCAUCAAACAUCAGAGAAUUCAUACUGGGGAGAAACCCUUUGAAUGUCCUGAAUGUGGAAAAGCUUUCACCCACCAGUCAAACCUCAUUGUACACCAGAGAGCACAUAUGGAAAAGAAGCCCUAUGAAUGCAGUGAAUGUGGAAAGACAUUUGCCCAGAAGUUUGAGCUCACUACGCACCAGAGAAUUCAUACAGGAGAGCGACCUUAUGAGUGUAAUGAAUGUGCGAAAACCUUCUUCAAGAAAUCAAACCUUAUUAUACAUCAGAAAAUUCACACAGGGGAGAAACGCUAUGAGUGCAGUGAAUGUGGAAAAUCCUUUAUCCAGAACUCACAACUCAUCAUACAUAUGAGAACUCAUACAGGAGAGAAACCCUAUGAAUGUACCGAAUGUGGCAAAACUUUCAGCCAGAGGUCAACUCUGAGAUUACAUUUGCGGAUUCAUACAGGAGAGAAACCAUAUGAGUGUUCGGAAUGUGGGAAGGCCUUCAGCAGGAAGUCCCGGCUCAGUGUCCAUCAGAGAGUUCAUAUAGGGGAUAAACCCUGAGACUGUAAUCAGGUUGUACUGUGGAAAACCCUCUCAUCAGAACCCUUCUAAUGGGGGAGAAACCUCAUGAAGGUGCUGAAGGAACAUGGGAAUUCAUACUGAGAAACAAUCUCUCAACUCAAAAAUGUGUUUAAAAAAAAUAGGAUCUCAUAAGAACAAUAUUAUACUGGAAGUUAAAUAUAAUACCCAGCUAAAAAAUACAUAUCAGAAUAUAUCCAAUUGUAAAUAGAUAUACUAGCUGUAUUACAAUGAGCUUUUUAAAAUCUUGAAUGAAUUGAAUAUUCUGGGCAGCAACAUAAAGGAUAUACAGACAGUACCCUAGCAAUUUUUAGUGGUUAUAUGUUGGCCACCAAACACAAAUUAUGUUUUAGAUUUGCCCAUAUGAAUUUAGCAUAAUCACUGGGACUUUGAAAUUCUUCUGUUCUGUGAUAAUUAGGACAUAUCAAACAGUUUUUCCUUACUAAACAACACGUGUGUUUUUCAGUACCUUUACAACCCAGUAUGCAUUCCAAAUGAAAUAUGUAACAGAUUUUAAGGUUACUUGUAACCUGUGUCUUCUACUGUUUGUUGGCUUAUGUAAGUUGGUAGGACCAUUGUUAUUGAGCUGCCUCUUCAGUAAACAGAAGACAAUGUUGUUGAAGUUCUACCUGCUUCUGGGUUUGCUGAAUAUUUUUUAGAAAUAUUAUUUACAUAAAUAUGCAAGUGAGAUAAACAAGGAAAUCAAGAAAGUGAAAGGCAGAUUUGGGUUGUAUUAAUCAGUAUGCACCACAGAAUAAAAACGUGCUGUGUACAGAGACCAUCAUGCUCUUGUUAUUUUUCAGUAGGGUAUUUACAUAUAAAUGCAUGUCUAGUACCAAAAUAUUGUGUAACCCAGACACCUCCUAUAUUUUUAAUUGUGUGUUUCCCUGUUUUAAUAUUUUAUAAAUUGUGUCACAAAAAAAAGUGGUAGGACACUUAUGUAGUUCACAAAUGUUAGUUACAUUUCAGAGACUGUAGAGGAAAAAUAAUUUAUUUUAAUAAACUGUUAGGAACUGUUUCAUUGCUUUUUUCCAUGUGCAUAACCCACUUUAGACAUGAAUUUCUGCAGUAUUCUCUUGUUUAAAGGAAGCAUUUCUACUUCCUUGAGUUUCACUGUUGUCAACCUAAAGCAUUUCCCUUUGGGACCUGACUUAUUAUAAAUUAUUAUCUUUUCUUUCAGAUAUUUACAAAUACUUUAUAAAGUUAGACUUUUCAGUAGUCUCUCCAUAUAUUGUUUGAUGAUUAACAUAAAAAGAACCUCUUUUGCAUAACUCAAAGAUAUGCCAUUUUAGACUUGAUUUUGAAAUCACAAGUUCACCUUUCCCUGUUAAUCACAAGUCAUGCAUUAGAAUUAUGGUGGCGCUGGCCAAUUUGCUCAGUUGGUUAGAGCGUGGUGGUGUUAAUAACACCAAGUUCCAGGGUUCAAUCCCUGUACUGGCCAGCUGCCAAAAAAAAAGAAAAGAGAGAGAAUUAUAAAUGAUGACCAAAAUUGGCCUUUUUUUCUUUAUUAGUUAUUUCUGAAGGUCAUUGAUAUGCUGUGACUAUAUAUGAAUGUGAGUGACUUUCUGAACAAAUUCACCAGAAAAACUAUACCCAGUAAGUCUUUGUCUUUCUAGGUUGUCAUCCUACCUACUAACAACAAGGAAGCAGGGGAAAAAGUUAAUUUCAUAUACUGCUGUUGGAAAUGUUGUAACAGCCUCCUUGUAAAACAUAGUGACUCUGUGUUUUAACAUUAAGAAUAUAUAUACUUUUCAUCCCAGGAGUCUCACUUCUGGGAAUCUAUCCCUAAGAAAAAAUAAAGUGCCAGUAUUUAAGAUUUAUAUGUUUAUUGAUGUAUAUUGUAUUUUUUUGGUAAGGACCAAAAAAGGAAAAAACGACCAUCAGUAUAGGAAUGGUUGAAUAAAUUGUGGUAUAUACCAUAGCUGAAUUGUGUUCCAUUGAAAAGAAUGUGUGGGAGCAAACCCCACAAGGGCAAAUGAGGAAAACGAGGGAUGUGGGGGGAAAGAAUGUAUGUAUACCAAUUUU